CUUCUUUUCAUAAUCUCCACCAAACCCUGUCAACAUCUUCGUGGCGCGUGCGUUCUGAGAGUGAAUGGGCAACUGCGCGGGCGGCCUUCUCCGACCACUCGGGGCGCUUGUCCGACCACGGCGCCGGCCUCGGGAUGAGGAAGAUGGCCUGUUCUACGAGACCAUCGGCGAGGGCGACCUGCGGGCGACGCCGAGCACGAACAGUCUGGUCGUCGCUGGGAACAGGACGAUGACCACGAUUGGCGCACUGGCAAUGACCGACGCCAUGUCUGCCUCGCGUUCGACUGGAAGCAGCAGCAACCGCCGUGGCAGUGGUGCUGCUGGUGGUGACAGUGGUGGUCGGACUCGACGGCCGCCAUCAUCAUCAGUAUCAACAUCAGCAUCGGGAAGCAAGCCAGGCAAUGCAAGUCACGGCCUGGUCGGCUCAACCAGCAGCAGCAGUAGUAAGCAUAGUCAUAGUAAUAACAGCAAGCCUAGUGGUCGAAGUAGCGCUCGUCGCAAUACCAAGUCCUCGGCUGGCAGCGGCAGAAGAAAGGGUUCUACGUCCGACAACGACGACGACCAGGACUUGAAUGGGCAGCCAUUGUCAUCGGAGCACUCGGCGGCGUCCAAUGCAAGCUCCAUUGGCGGCACAUCGUCACCCGGAGGCGCGACGACCAGCGACGAGGAGGGCAGCGGGCUCACCUCGGCCGCGCUCGCUGCUCUGGCGGCGUCAGGCGAGCGACCCAGCCGAACCACCGCCAAGACUGCUGCCGGCGCUGCUACCGCCACUGCGACUACUACAUCCAGUGGGCAGUCCAAGGCAAAGAGCCGCGGGUGGAGCCGGUUUCUGCGCAAGAACGAGCAGGAUUCAGCUGCACAGGCCGCAACAGGAGGCGCAGCACCCGGAGGCGGGGCAGGCCACCGGUCGGCCAUGGCCGCGGCUGCUCUGCUUGGAGUCGUCGGCACAAAGCCAACGUACAACCGAGUGCUGGGCGCCGACGAUCCGGACGCGGGGAAUGGCGUGUCGAGGAACAACUCGUCCAAAUCGCUGGCCUCGAGCGAGUUUCACUACUUUUCAACCAGUAACAGCGGCAAUUCGACCGACAACGGGUACCGAACAGAUGACAGCGACAGUGGCGGUCUCAGCGGCAUUGAGUUUAAUGUCAAGCGAGGGACGACCACGAGCCACCAAUUGCAGCAGUUUCCCGUCAUGUCGUACAAUGCCCCAGAUGAGCCUCUCUCCACCUCUGUUUCGCCAGACAGCUUUGUCAAGCUGAAGCUCCUGGGAAAAGGAGAUGUCGGAAAAGUCUUCCUUGUGAUGGAAAAGGCUACACAACGCCUUUUCGCGAUGAAAGUACUCACAAAGCAAGAGAUGGUGCGGCGGAAAAAGGUCAAGCGCGUUCUGACCGAGCGCGAGAUUCUCGCCACUGCCAAGCAUCCGUUCAUCGUUCGUCUGUUCUAUUCGUUCCAAACCACCGACAAGCUGUACUUUGUCAUGGAGUACUGUGCUGGUGGCGAAUUCUUUCGCACUUUGCAACAUAUGCCGCAGAAGUGCCUUCCGGAGAGCCACGUUCGAUUCUACCUGGCCGAAGUCAUUUCAGCCCUCGAGUAUUUGCACAUGAUUGGAUACGUGUAUCGCGAUCUCAAGCCGGAAAAUAUCCUGCUGCACGAGUCUGGGCAUGUCAAACUGGCCGACUUUGACCUCUCGAAGCAGGCGAGCUUCUCCGGACUGCCUAGCGUCAUCAAGUCCUCGAUCAUGACUUACAUUCGAGGCCAUUCUGGCCCCGGAUCGUUCGACACUGCACCCUGCGUCUCGUUGAAAACCAACUCGUUUGUUGGCACGGAAGAGUACAUUGCGCCCGAGGUUAUUUCUGGCUACGGCCACUCGAGUUCUGUCGACUGGUGGACGCUGGGCAUUCUCAUGUUUGAAAUGCUCUUUGGAUGCACGCCAUUCAAGGGCGCGGAUCGCGAUUCCACGUUUUAUCGCAUCAUGCGCGGCGAGCUCACCUUUCCCGAUCGGCCCGAGACCUCGAAAGCGUGCAAGAACAUUAUUCGGCGAUUGCUCGACACGGACGAAACCAAGCGACUUGGCGCCGUGCAUGGUGCAUCGGACAUUAAAAAGCACCCCUUCUUUAAGAGCAUCAACUGGCCGUUGUUGCACAAUGCCCAGCCGCCAAUCGUGCCCAAGCUGAGCCACCCGCUCGAUACCUCGAACUUUCGCGCCUUUAACGAGCGCUUGUCGGAAUUGCGCGGCAGCGACGAGAUUCUUGACGAGGACUCGCUGGAUGUCGGGGAUCCUUUCCGAGGAUUCAAGCAAGUCUCUCGUCAAACAUAGGCGCGGUGCUUUUUGCAGUGCGAUCGAUGACUGUGAAUGCUAUCUCGGUGUUAUGCUUUCAGUCGUGCGUGUGUUCGUGUGUUGUUG